CAGAGGAGCAGAGAGUGGGGGGGGGGGCUUUCCCUUUCCUCUCUCUCUCUCCACCCGUCGUCAGGCUGGCUGGCUCAGCCAUGGCGUUCACCUUCGCGGCCUUCUGCUACAUGCUCACGCUGGUGCUGUGCGCCGCGCUCAUCUUCUUCGUCAUAUGGCAGAUCAUCGCAUUUGAUGAGCUUCGCACAGACUUCAAAAACCCCAUUGAUCAGAGCAAUCCCACCAGAGCGAGAGAAAGGAUUCUCAACAUCGAAAGAAUCUGCAACCUGCUUCGCAGGCUGGUCGUACCAGAGUACUCCAUCCACGGGCUCUUCUGCCUGAUGUUCAUGUGUGCCGGAGAGUGGGUGACGCUGGGCCUCAACAUCCCGCUGCUCUUCUACCAUCUGUGGAGGUUCUUCCAUCGGCCGGCCGACGGGUCAGAGGUCAUGUACGACCCCGUCAGCGUGAUGAAUGCAGACAUACUCAACUACUGCCAGAAGGAGUCCUGGUGCAAGCUGGGCUUUUAUCUGCUCUCUUUCUUCUAUUAUCUCUACAGUAUGGUCUACGCCUUGGUGAGCUUCUAACAGCCAGGACGCCUGGCGAGGGAAGAAAAGCUAAUAUCUGUGCGAGAGACUCAGAAGAAUGAAUGGAGACCUGUUCCUUCUCUCUCCAUCUAUCCUUCCCAUAUCACUGGUUGUGGUUUUCAACAGUCUAAUCUUGGACAAAACCAGAAGACCCAUGUGAGUGAUAAUGUGAAUGUAAGCUUGUUGCCUCUGCUCGAUUAUGUCGCUCUGAUCGCAGAUACGAGCAUCGCACUGAAUAUUUAUAACCCCAUUAAAUGGACGUUGUCAGUUUGCCAUCAGAGUCCAGAGGUAAAAACAGUUCCGCUGUUUUGAUUGACCUCAUUUCACUGAUAGGCGCAAUUAACUCUAAAGCAUAAUGGAGGUGUGAUAAGAACUGAUGACUGCCAUUUAACAGGGUAAUAACGUUCAGAACGAACGUCUCAAAUGUCUGGACAAGAUACUGAAGAGCUGAAAGAAGGCAGAAGAAGGAUGCAGCAGGUGUUUGUGUUGCCUUUGACCCAUUAUAUCAUUUAAUAAGAUAUUCCUGAAGGGCUGGACUUUCCCCAUGCUGCUCUUAUCGAUCCAGUCGCUCAGUUCACUGUGAAUCUCCACAUACUGGAAAGCAAAAUUCCUUCGACCGAAGUACUAAACGCAGGAUUGUUCUGAUAUCAUUCCAUUUAAUCCAGAUGAAAGGCGCCCGUGGCCCCACUGCUGUGAUUGUGUUGCAAGUGUAAAACUAUACGACAGGCGGUUUGUGCGCGGGAACUGUGAGACUUUGAGGUACUAAAGGAAGGGCCUGGGCCUGAAAUGCUGUACCAGGUGCUUCUGACCUUCUCGAUGGAGCACCAACCUCAGCAGCAUCCUCUGGAUACCAGACUCUGUCAAAACUCCAACUCACACCCACCGUAACAAGAGAUCAACUGUCAUCAAGCUCGACUCGAACAGUCAGCUACUGAUGUGCUUUCAGAAGAAGGACAACUUUAUGCUACGCGCUAGGUUCAUGCUUAUAUAACCACACAUGUUUAUAUCUGAAAACCAUUGUGCCAAAGUAAAAAGUCAGUUAAACGCACCAUCUGACCUUUACUGACACUUUAUUUAACGGGCCUUUUAUUUUGGCACAGUGACUUAAGUUGUUAGACAAUAGAAACCUGUUAGUUCUGCUGUGUUUUUAGUGGGCAGGGCCAGGGCCUUAUUCCUGUUACCAGUGAAGCUUACGCUUACUCAUCUUCCACUAUCCUAUAGUCACAUCCACGUUUCUCCAAUAUGACGUAGAAAAUAUAGAGCUGUGUACAAAAAGCAAUCGACAACAGCACAGAGACAUGUACAACUCAUGACACAUAUUAACACGGUCUUAGUCAGUGCGUGUAAUGAAAUUAAGCGGCAGAUGAGACAAAAAUGACUUCAUGCCAGUGUUUCAGUAAUGUAAAAAGUGUAGACAGUGAAGUCAUCGAACAUAUGUGAAGGAAGAGGAACAUGGUUCAUGAGUUUGAUCUGUGUGUAGAAAUGUGGUUCAAGUCUGAGGACAACCUGUCAUGUUUAUCAUCAAUUAGCAAACUGUUGCUCUGACACAAUUAGGUUUCACAGUGCCAGGGUCCACUUACAGUAAAAGACAGGCCUUGAAACCUAUUUGACUAAUUUCCAUCAUGUUAAACCAAGUCACACGUUAUCUUGAGCCCGUGUGAAGACUCAGUAUUUGUGCGGUGUCGCUGAUCCACUGUUUAGUUAUUGUUAAAUGUGUUUUUCAUUCCAAGAGCUUUAAUAUACAGUAAAACAAAAACUUAUAUUUGUUAUUGCGUAAAAAACACAACAUUAAAAUAAAUAUUUAAACCAUAAAUGUAUCCAUAUAAACUAAAAUAUUAUUUUAAUUGAUAGAUAUACUAAUAAUAUAUAAUAAUAAUAAUAAUAGCAAUACCAGGAUUAACAGACUCAGCUCAGCUACAAUAGUUCUGUCAUUUUCUUAUGUGGACAAAUCCAUUAAAAAGACCAGAAUUAAACUAAUAUGUCUGUCACAUGUCUCAAUUCCCUGAAAUCAGGACAAGACGAGAACUGUUGUUUAUUUUGGCGGGUAAUAAUACGUCUGCUUCCUGUAUGUCCACGUCAAAGCGCCAUCUAGUGGUCACAGUGGUAACGCUGGAAGCAAAGAGUGGCGUUAAAUAGGCCACGUAGAAAUGAGUUCAGACUGUGUGAAAGCGUCAACAAUCAAGCUGUAAUGUGAGGAACCUUCUGUUUCGUUUCGGUUUCCCACUGAUUGUCUGUGUUUUCAAGGGUGAAGAUGAUUGUCAUUGACCCAGUUCAGUUGUUAACAGGAAUGUGUAAUGGUUUGGAAGAUACUGAGAGGCACUGCUGUUCUGGGAUAUGAAAUUAAGCAGCACCAGAAGUUUGCGACUCGAGAAACACAUUUGGUUUUCAGUUCAGUAAAUCCAAUGGAUUUGUUCACAGUAAGAAGCAACAUAUCACUGGAGUCACGCUUAAAAUAGGUAGAAUAUUGGAAAAUUAGCUCAUCCUCUCACUUUCCUCAAGGGCAGAAUGAGCCUCCUUUAAUCUGGACUGACUCGUCCUUAUGUAACAUAAACCUCACGUUUCAAGAAGCUUUGUGGAAAAAUCGCCACUAACAUGCUAAAUUAAAAUGUAUUGUAUCAGCCUCACGCAGCAGAUGAUUACGUCCAGUGUCACUUAAUGGUUUAAUAAGAGGAGUGACUCAAAUAUCGGUGGGAUUUGAACUCCAGCCAAACUGGAGCAACUUUAACUGUUCUUUACAUUCAGUAAACAGAACACGUCGUGCCAAAUGAUGUUCCUGUUCAUCUGACACAGGACGCUGAAACCUCAGAACUCUGCCAACAGUGUGUGUGUGACGAGACUGAACAAUCACUAUUAAAGCACAGGAGCAAGAAAUACGGUUCAGUUGAAUGUCAUUACGUAGUGGCUCUAGACAAAGCAUUCCAGAAACUGACUAUCUAUUUGUAUCCGUCUUUUAUACAUUUAUCAUCAUUGUACGCUACAGUAAAUUUGGUGGGUUACUUUAUAUUUAUUAGGUUACACUACGAUGUACAGUUAAUAAACAGCAAUUCUCAUGCCGUAUUCUAAUAAAACAGUAAUGCCAAAAUGA